GUGGCAUUUUCGUAAUUUCAGAUGCCUACAAGGGCCUUAUUCAAACCAAAUUGAAAAUUCCUACCUGCGAAAACCCCAUCCCCACCCCCUUUUCCCUUUCAAUUUCAACUCUCUCUCUAGAAACUCCCCUCUCUCUCUCUCUCUCACACGCAAGCACACCGAUGGGGCAACAGUCGUUGAUCUACAGUUUCGUCGCCAGAGGAACCGUGAUCCUCUCUGAAUACACUGAGUUCACCGGAAACUUCACCAGCAUCGCCGCUCAGUGUCUCCAGAAGCUUCCUGCUUCCAACAACAAGUUCACCUACAACUGCGAUGGUCACACCUUCAACUAUCUUGUUGAAGGCGGUUUCACAUACUGUGUUGUGGCUGUCGAAUCUGUCGGUAGACAGGUUCCAAUGGCUUUUCUUGAGCGAGUCAAGGAGGACUUCACUAAGAAAUAUGGCGGUGGGAAAGCUGCAACGGCUGUUGCCAAUAGUCUGAGCAAAGAAUUUGGUCCCAAGCUGAAGGAGCAGAUGCAGUACUGUGUGGACCAUCCAGAAGAGAUCAGCAAGCUUGCGAAGGUCAAAGCCCAGGUUUCUGAAGUUAAGGGUGUGAUGAUGGAAAACAUUGAAAAGGUUCUUGACCGUGGAGAGAAGAUUGAGCUUCUGGUGGAUAAAACAGAGAAUCUUCGCUCUCAGGCACAAGAUUUUAGGACACAAGGUACACAAAUGAGGAGGAAAAUGUGGUUGCAAAACAUGAAGAUAAAAUUGAUAGUUCUCGGAAUUAUCAUUGCUUUGAUUCUCAUUAUCGUCUUAUCGGCUUGUGGCGGCUUUAAUUGCGGCAAGUGAACUGCAUCUUUGCUUCCGGGAUUUAGGUUCGUAAAGUUCUCUCGUUCGUGUUGUCUCAUGUUUAUUUGUUUGCCAGUGAUUUCUCUUUUGCCGGAUUCUUUUUUGGGGUGACACGGGGUAUCUUUCGUGCAAAAAAAGAUUUAUAAUGCAAUAUAGUGGUUGUAUAGUUUGUACCCUAAGUAUGAUGUGACAUCGGUAUAUUACUAGGAAAACAAUUUGAUUGCGGGUUUGUGGGUUUUGUUACUCUCAAGACUGAUGCUUGCAGUGUUCUUUGAUGUUA